AUGUCAAUUGCAGAAGGAUUCGUUAAUCUGUCACUGCGACUGACGAGUGUGCGUGAGAGAGAAGAGGCUGGGGCACUACACAAUCGUGGAUAUAACGGAGUUGGUGCCGUGGAUGGCUCUCUGGGUUACGAAGUCCACCACGGCCUGUUGUUUACUGCUGACUCCGGGAAUAUGAGGCACAGCACAUGUGACGCGAAUGUGCGUAAUGCUUCAGAUGUGCAUAAUGCUUCAGGUGUGCAUAAUGCUUCAGAUGUGCAUAAUGCUUCACAUGUGUAUAAUGCUUCAGAUGUGCGUAAUGCUUCAGGUGUGCAUAAUGCUUCAGAUGUGCAUAAUGCUUCAGAUGUGUAUAAUGCUUCACAUGUGUAUAAUGCUUCAGAUGUGUAUAAUGCUUCAGAUGUGCAUAAUGCUUCAGAUGUGCAUAAUGCUUCAGAUGUGCAUAAUGCUUCAGAUGUGUAUAAUGCUUCAGAUGUGUAUAAUGCUUCAGAUGUGCAUAAUGCUUCAGAUGUGUAUAAUGCUUCACAUGUGUAUAAUGCUUCAGAUGUGCAUAAUGCUUCAGAUGUGUAUAAUGCUUCACAUGUGUAUAAUGCUUCACAUGUGUAUAAUGCUUCACAUGUGUAUAAUGCUUCACAUGUGUAUAAUGCUUCACAUGUGCAUAAUGCUUCACAUGUGCAUAAUACUUCAGAUGUGUAUAAUACUUCAGAUGUGUAUAAUACUUCAGAUGUGCAUAAUGCUUCACAUGUGCAUAAUGCUUCACAUGUGUAUAAUACUUCAGAUGUGUAUAAUACUUCAGAUGUGCAUAAUGCUUCACAUGUGCAUAAUGCUUCACAUGUGUAUAAUACUUCAGAUGUGUAUAAUACUUCAGAUGUGCAUAAUGCUUCACAUGUGCAUAAUGCUUCAGAUAUAUUUGGCAUCUUCACUUUCAUUGGAGAAAUUAAACCUAAACCAUUAUUAAGUAAAUUAUUUGAAUUUGUAACAUUUAUUUAA